UCCAAUCGGCGUGCGGUAUUUUAAUAUUCCAUUUUGGCGGUAGUAGGAAGAUGGCGGAAGAUUUGAAAGCGUGCAAAGUGGCAUGUCUUGCUACUGUAGAGGAGCUGCAAUCGAUUUGCAGAGAGGAGGGGCUCGUCUGUGAAGAGCUGGGCGUCACCAAAAACAACUUGUGUGAUUUUGAGGUUGAAUAUCUUUGCAACUACAAGCGUAUCGUUCUCACGCUCCGGAACACAGAGGAAGUACAGGAGUUAUACUUGGUGAAAUGGAAAGGCUAUCCAGAGUCUAUGAACUCAUGGGAGCCACGGAAGAACCUGAAGUGCACAGAUCUGCUCAGUCAGUUCUGGGAGGACAUGGUGCGAGAAUUGCGGAGACUCAAGAAACGGACCAUCCCGAAAAAACUGGACGCCUCCCUCGCCUCUCACCUCGUCCAGCGGGCGAAGCUCAGGAAGACCCUCAAACAGUGGGAGACGCACCUCAACAGCCUGGGCAACAAAAAGGGCCGCAUCUUUGUGGAGAACCUGGUAGAUAUGGAAGGUCCGCCAAAGAACUUCACCUACAUUAAUGACUAUAAGGUGGGUGACGGGAUCUCUCUGACUGAGGUGGCUGUGGGCUGCGAGUGUACGGACUGUCUGAAUGAUCCGGUGGAGGGCUGCUGUGCCGGAGCCUCGCAGCACAAGUUUGCGUAUAACGAGCUCGGGCAGGUGCGCGUUCGGCCGGGGCUGCCCGUCUACGAGUGCAACAGGAGGUGCCGCUGCGGCCCGGAAUGCCCCAACAGGGUGGUUCAGAAGGGCAUUCAGUACUCACUAUGCAUUUUUAGAACAGACAAUGGCAGAGGCUGGGGAGUACGGACCAUGGAGCGCAUCCGCAAAAACACCUUCGUCAUGGAAUACGUAGGAGAGAUCAUCACGACGGAGGAAGCGGAGAGGAGGGGUCACGUGUAUGAUAAAGAGGGAACCACCUACCUGUUUGAUCUGGAUUAUGUUGAUGAUGAGUACACGGUGGACGCGGCUCACUAUGGCAACAUUUCACACUUCGUCAAUCACAGCUGCGACCCAAACCUGCAGGUGUACAACGUGUUCAUAGAGAACCUGGAUGAGAGGCUACCGCGCAUUGCUUUCUUCGCCACUCGUCCCAUCAAGGCCGGAGAGGAGCUUACCUUUGAUUACAAAAUGCAGAUGGACCCUGUGGAUGCAGAGAGCACGAGGAUGGACUCUAAUUUCGGGUUGACUGAAAUCCCUGGUUCUCCCAAGAAGCGCAUGCGUAUUGAGUGUAAAUGUGGAGUGGCAUCAUGUCGAAAGUAUCUGUUUUAGAAAAGCUGGGUUUUGAGUUUUGUCAUGCCGAAUUGCGAUCUGUCAGAACAGUGGAUGUAAUUUGUGUGGAAGAAUUUUGUUACAUUUCAACAAAUGGAUGUAUAAAAUGACCAUCCACUGUUGAACCAUAAAGUAUUCUAAUCUUAGGCUACAUUCACAAAGCAGGUAAAAGUGGCCCAAAUCUGACUUUCUCAGUAAAUCUUACAUUUAUUUUAAACUGUUAAAGUAAUUUUAACGUGAUCUGUGUCAGACAGUUGCCUGACACACAUACGCCAAAAAAAAAAAUGUUUAGUUAAGUUUCGGUUCAUGGCAACUUUUAGGAGCUAUGAAUGAUCAUGUGUUUGAACUCUUUAGCCAUGUUAAUCAGCCACGCCCACUUUUUAAAUUUUUGUCGCUUUUUUUUUUUUUUUUCUUCAAAUUUCGUUUUAACAUUGAGUGGUUGGACACAAACCAUCUGAAUCAUUUGAAGGGAGAAUUUAUCCUAAAUAUUUAUUAUGCCUGUAUUGAUGAUUUUUUAAUUAUUAUUAUUAUUUUUUAAAUCCUGCCACUGAUGCCACUAAUCCCCUCCCUUACACUGAUACAAAAAUUACCCAUCUGUCGAUAUUGCAAUAUUGUGUAAAACAAUUGUGUUUGCAGUACAUUACUAAUAUGUGGCAUCAAUUUUCGGUAUAUUUAUUAAAACAUAAGCCAUAUCCGGACAGGAUUAGUUUCUGAGGGGGUCCUGGGGUAAUUGUCUCUUUUAUUGCCUCUAUACUCUGUGAUUUUAUUUCCAUCCCGAACGACCAUGUGCGUGUUUUUCUCAGAUGUCCUCUAAGAAAAUUACAGGCUGAAUUACCUUCUUUUUUGUCAAUGAACUCCGUGGUCCUCCAGUAAUUUUAGUCCUGUCCGGAUCCACAUCUGAGUUUCGUCAACUUGCCUUUAAUGAAAUAGCUAUUUGUUCACAGCCGUGCACCAUAAUUAAACUUUGGGCAUGUGUUACUAUGGAGAUCCCUGUUAAAACAACAGCAAGUGGAAAUGGAGGAGCUACUGAACGUGAUGUCGUGACCAUCAUCUCACUAGUCCUCCUGUUUUUUCGUUUUUUUUUAAACUGCAGUCCAGACUACUCAAAGUUUUAUCUUUGAGUAGAAGUGAAAAAUAUAUAUAUUUUUUUUUACAGACACCCCCUUGAGAAACUACUCCCAUUCAGACAGGGCUAUAAAUGAUCUAAAGUUACGAUUCUCCCUCUAAUUUUACUUAUUAAAGUUACCGCUUCGUUACUCCAUGUGGUGGCACUGAUCAGAUUUGUUACUAAGAGGAUUAAAUACUCCUAAAUAAUCGAAGAUGGCGUGAAGUAUUGUAGAGAAUUGUCUUGUUAUAUAUUGAGGACUGGUCUCACAGUAUCGUGAAGUUUUAUUAUUAUUAUUAUUAUUAUUAUUCGCAACAUAUUGUGAUAAUAUUGUAUAGUGAGAUGCCCUGUGAUUCCCACCCCCAUUGUCUAAAAAAAAAAAAAAAAAAAAAAAAAAAAAAAAGAUUGGUUUUGGACCACUGUUACCUUCUAUGUGAACAACGUAGCCUUUAUGACAUUUCUGCAGUUUUCCUACCAUCAGGCAUGAUGAUGGUCUAAGAGAGGGAUGUCCAGUUUAAACCACAAAGGUCUGGCGUGGCUGCGGGGUUUCACGCUAAUCAGGCAGAAUCGGGUGUGAUUAAUAGUUUAAAGACUAAUUGAUCUGAUUAAAGGAGGGGAGUCGGCUGCUGCUGUUUGCAGCCAUAACAGCCCUUUCUGGAUUAAUCUGGACACCGCUGGUCUAAGAAUGUUUUACCACAUUGUGAAAGUGUACAGUUCUUUUGUAAAUGUUUUUUCGUUUUCUUAUUUUUUUCCUUGAACUUGAACUAAAAAGUAAAAUGUACUGUUGUCAGAUUGGAAAGGGAUUAUGCAUAUUCUGUUUUUUAAUGAAAAGUUUUAUAGUUUUGGGUAUUUUUUUUUUAUAAGAAUGCUUUUAUUAUGUUUUUCUUUUUUUAAAAGAGUAAUUACAAUGAUUUGUACAACAUACUUGAAAUUAAAGAGUAGUUUUAUCUGGAUUCUGAUUACACCUAUUCUGCAGUUCAGCAGUGAGAAAGCUCUGUUUUAGUCUGGGUGUAAUCUGUCUGGAAAAUGUACCGAAACACUCGUGCAGCUUCCAUUCCAUUAAGCAUCCAUUAGGGGGCAAAACUGUACUGUGAAUGCUCUGAAGGCCUGAAACAGAAGAAGGAUUGGACAGAUGUGUAAAUCACACAGUAAAACCUAACACACUCUUGUGUUUUUUUUUUACUCUUCUAAUGUCUGUUUCUAAAAUGUCCUGAUGGUUUGUGCCAUUGUGGUCCUGCUCUGUGUUGUUUUGUUUGAGAGCUGAAAUGCUAACUGUACAAAAAUGAAAGUAAAGGUUUAUAUUCUGAA